CGAAGUCUACACAAACCAACCUCCUGGUGGUACAUGCAUGUAUGCGGAAGUGAAACUGAUCAUAAUCGCUAUGUCCAAGAUGUUGACUGCCAAACCCUUGGCUUUCAUACGAAACAACGGCUCGAUCAGCAAGUGACUCGAGUCUGGAGUUCUUGGGUUGAUGUUGGCAGCGCCUUUUCUUUGAUGCAAAUUCGUUCAACAUGUUGCAGCAAGGAGCAAUAAGGUUGCACUAAUUGCCAGCCUGGUGCACAAGACUACUUGUGCAUUGAGAAGAUUACACUGUGUGUGCAUGGUGAGUCAUGGCUGUCUUGAACCCGACCUUGCGAGUGUUACUGCUAUGCAUUUGUUUCACCCUUGGAGAGGCAAGUGAACAUUGGAGAUUGCGCUUCCAGCGUGCAGUAUGUGGUGGUCCCCUUGUUAAACCCGGAAAUAUCUGCAGAUGGACAUCUCUAGAAUGCAGUUGUGUUGCAGGUACCUACUGCAGUCUUUACACACAUACUUGUACAGUGUGCGAAGUCACCACAGACGAGUGUAUUUCCCCUUGCCGGUACCCUUGCCAAAAUGGUGGAAGUUGUGAAUUGGAAACUGCAAGCUGCAGUUGUCAGACCGGAUUCGUUGGUGAAGACUGCAGUUCCGUCGAAACUGCUCCAGCCAUAACUGAAUCGCCGUACCCACCAGUCCAGCCAAGUACCUGCGAGCGUGAAUGUUUAAACGGUGGAGUUUGUAUGAGUGGCACUUGUGAUUGCCCCUCGGGGUACUACUACCCUGACUGUAGCCUUUGCUUACCUCGCCAGCACCCAACGAAAUGUAUAGAACACUGCAGAGUGGAGUGCCAAAACAGUGGCGACUGUCUGACAACACACCAGAGGUGCCACUGUACUGAAGAUUUCACUGGGGAGGAUUGUACCCUUUGCAUCCCUUCUAAAGCUCGCAGGAACUGCACUGACAUCUGCCCCGUGCUGUGUGCAAACGGCGCAACCUGCAAUGUAAAGACACGCAAAUGUGAGUGCACCAGUGGUUGGACGGGCGGAGCCUGCCAAGAGCCCUGUCCACCAGGAAGAUUUGGGCAGAACUGCUUGGGGCUGUGCGAGUGCCUACUCGGACCGUGUGACCCACUAACGGGACGAUGCCUGUGUGAUCCGAACGCUCCAAUUGGCCCAGACUGUUCUGCUCCUUGUGACUGCCUAGUGGAUGGGGUGUGCCGAACACAAGCCAACUGCCCAUCAGUUGGAAGUACUCCAGUGAGCCCAACACCUCCAGUCUUGGGCCCCACGACCCUGGGUCAUCAGGGGACCGGUGGGCUGAUAGGAGAUUCACUCGCUAAACAGGAGAAGUUUCCAAUGAUGGUCGCCAUUGUUGCCACAGCUGCUGGGGCUAUUGUUCUACUGGUUAUAGUCAUCAUACUGGUUGCAUUCCUCGUUAAAAGUCGCCGACAUGAUACGAGGAAGUUGGAGCGAACUGAGGAGGCAGAGCAGAUACCAAUGACCACUGGUGUUGCAGAUAAUGCAUAUGAAGAUGCAAGCAGCUCUCCCAUGAACUCCUUACAGAUAACGCAAUCUCCGUUCAGACCUACGAGCGGGUACGAAGAUGUGACAGAUUUACACAAGAACAUGCCUGACCUACUCCCAGAGGCUGACGAAAUCUCGCCGUACGCAACGACGGGUAACAUAACUAUCCACGCAAAUGCCGCACCCUCUGAAUAUGCCUAUGUAGGGGGUAAGGAUCUGAAAGCAUUCCAACAAGGUGGGGAGUCUCAUCCUGGCGAGUUCUACGAUAAACUUAACUUUUCACCGCGGGACAAGUCAUCGUGUAAGCAGGCCGAAGAUGGAAUGUAUGGAGCCCUUAAAGAUGACGGUACUUAUGAUGAUACCAGUAGCUCUCAGACAAGUGUACCGUUGUACGACGAUCCAGAUUGCUCAGGGUAUGCCAAAAUGAGCCCAUCUCUUAACAACCGAAAGGCUUCCUCCCUGAAGCAUCCUAAGAAUGAUCUCCAAUUUGACGUCCUUCACAAAACGACAUCUUUGAAAUCACCACGGACUGGGGCGGCAGCUGGAUCCAGCGGUACAUUCGGUCGGAAGCAACCUUACGAGAAUACAUACGUCGACUUCGAUCCCGAAUCGACGCCUUCUGAUGUGGAGGGUGGCACAAGUCAAGUUGCCAACCCACCUCAACCGGUCACUCAGAAAUAUGUGAGUCCGCCCGCUGAUCCCAAAUCUCAGCGGGAAAUUCCCCAGUAUGCGAAGCCCAUGAAACGCAAAAGCCAGCUUGAACAGCAAGAAGCGCCACAAUACGCAAAGCCAAUGAAACGGAAGAGCGAAACCAACAGCACAAGUCCAAGCAUUCCUCAGUAUGCCAAACCAAAUAAGAAAUCAAGCAAGGGUGGUCCGAAUGGUUUUAGUGACCAAUCCAAAAGCCCUCAGAUGAAGAAUGAAGGCGGGGCACAAGGGAGUCGACCAGGAGCUGGCUACGCCCACUUAAUGCAUGCAACCACGCCCAGCAAACAGUAAGUUAAGUAUGUCCCAAAAGCAAUUGUAGAUUGCUUGCAAGUUGGUACCAUGUUAAAUUGUGCAAGUUUUUGUCCCAAGUUUUUCUGCAAGGAAAUGAAUGAUUUUUGAAGAGCUUUUAGGUUUUCUAGCUUUGAAGAAAACUAUGUUAUGUUUUAUGUAUACAUGUACUAGCUGUGUGAUUGAAAUCUCUUCAUGGAAUUUCAAGUGUUUGGCCAGUCAACGUGAUCAAGGCCUGGUGACAGUCUUGGUUUUUUUUGCAGUUCCCUUUGCAAUUUAGUCCCUUUGCAAUAUACACUCGUUGCAAUUUAGUCCCCGGGACUCCCUGGUCCCCCUUUGUAGUCUGUUCACAUUUCAGCCUGGUCCGUCGCUUUAGAAUUUGUUCCCUCUGCAAAUUAAUCUCUUGGUAAUUUGGUCCCUUUUGCAGCCUGGGGUGGAUUUCACAAAGUGUUAAGACUAGUCUUAUCUUGAGUAAGAACGAGUAACUUACGACUAGCCUGCAGUUGUUAAUACAUUAUAUCCUAGGACUAGUCCUAAGUUAGGACUAGUCCCAACUCUUUGUGAAAUCGACCCCAGGUUCAUUUGCAUUCUGGUCCCUUUGCAGUGUGGUCCCCUUGCAGUUUUGGAGCAGGGCUGUACAAUUUGAAUAGUGUUUCCAACAUCCAACAGAGCCCAUCAGAGAAUUCGGUCUAUUUGCAGUCUGGGAUCUUUGUGAUUUGGUCCCUUUAGAAUAGUUUCCUUUUACUGUCUGGUCACUUUACACGGGAAAUCUGAUGGUCCCUGUGCAAUUUGGUCCCUUUGCUGUUUGGUCCAAUUGUAAUUUGUGUUACUUAGCUCUGACCAAAUAUUAAAAUUGCUUUCAACAAAAAAGAUUACCUCAAUUUUUAUUUUUAAAAAUACUAUUUUUAAAAAUUUUGUUUUAACUAUUUGUUGGUGAACUGUUUAAUGUAUUUUUUGUUUAUCUUCUAGCGCUACCACAGAUUGCUUAAAAGUGAUAUCGUAAGAUUUACUUCCAUUGUACUUCCACAGCUUAAAUUUAAGACCAAGAUGGUUAGAUGGUACAAUUUUGGGGGGUCUUUUUUAAACCACCUUUUGCCAAAGAUGUUUGUGAGUGUGUAUAAUGAAGUAUAUUCGCAUAUUUAUUGAGUUUGUUUGUGGUCAGAUAUUAACAACUUUAAAAAGGGUAUGUAACAAGCAGGUAUAACACUGGAUUAUGAAGAUGGUAUGAAGACUUUCAGAGUGGGAAACUUCCCCCUGAAAUAUUUAUGUACCGACUGGUAAAACGUUCUAUUCUUUGUAAAAAUUUGUAAAAUAAGUUAGUUUUGAACCUCGCGAGUCCAAAACUCCAAUAUUUAAUAACAAUGUAAAUGCAAUAUGCAUGGGUUUUCACAAUUGACACUGAUCUGAUAAACUACAUGUAUAAUCAAAUGUACAAAUUUGUUAUUAUGGCCAAUGAGGUCAGGUAUCUUGCCUGCAAGGAAAUGUCAGGUAAUACAUAAGGUCACUCUUGUUGUACACAAUGUCACAUGGUCUAUUGCUGCUUCCCUUUUAAACAAGGUCAAAGGACACAUUGUCCAUGAGGUCAGUUGAUGACUGUGAUGAUGACAACAGGAUGGACAUGAUGGUAGUUGGAAGGCUGAUAACAAUCAAAGACAACUAAACACAAACAACUUGCUAUCUUGAACAAUCCAAACACCAUUUGUUAACUGUCAAUAAAAUACACAUGUCAUUGUAAUCAUACUUCAUAAGUGUUUGUUGGUGGGUAAAUGGUCAACAAAUUUCAAAACGAGUUUCUACUUGAGUCGGGUAGCAUUUCAUAGUGAAACCUGAAAGCUUAAAGAUGCUACAUGUAUGUCAGAUUUUUUGCCGAUUUUACCCAAAAACUCAAUAGGUAUUUUGAUGGGGGUCGAGAA